AUGGAAAAACAAGAUUAUAAUAGAGUAAAAUACCGUUGUCUCUACGCCUCCAAGUUAAAGGUGGGUCACCAGCAGCAAUCCUGCAGCCAGCUGAGAAAAUUUGGCCGGGGUUCUCAUUCCUGUCUCAUCUGCUCAAACCAGCAUGGUCUGAUCUGUAAAUGCUGCCUCAGUAUGUGUCACCCGUGGUUCGGUCAGUAUGCGAAGGAUAUAAGCUUUAUGAAGUUGGACUAA